AUGGGGGACGGCUUAGAAUGUUCGGGCGUCUAUAUCGACGACCGAGUGCAGUCGGAGAGAUGGGUGCGCAGGAAUUCCUCUGAUACAUCUACGAUAUCAUCGACAGGUUCCUACUUUUCUCCCGAUGACUCCGAGGGCCUGCAGGCGGAUGUGGAGCACCUGCUGGAUGUGUGCAAACAAGUAUAUCUCUGUCACAAUGGAUCCUCCUUUGCCUCCAAGCUCGCCGAGCUCAGCGACCGUGCGGGCAACGCGUGUAGCCCGAUCUUUGCUUUUGUUGAAGUGGACUUUAGCGGCGAAGAGUCGUCCAACCUCGCUCGUCGGAAAGCCAGUCGCGCCUCGUGGACGGAUGGCGCCCCUCCGUCGCCUGGUUCCAUCCACCACACCUUUACGUUUUCAACGCAUUUCGACGAAGCACGUGGCUUGUCACUUCUGACAGGUGUCUCGAAUGAUAUACAAGGCCAGGAAGCCCCGAACCUAGUUAUUCCCGUUGCGAUAUUGCGUCUGCCUGCUCACAAUGCACUCAACGACAAUGCUGGUGCCGGCCCUACCAGUACUCCCGGUACUCCCGGUUUCCAAGGACCUCUCACGGUGGAGCACAAGCAGAUCGCCCGCUGUCUUGAUGCCGGUGCUGUGGAUGUUUUGGCCACUCCGCUCGAUCGGUCUCGAAUUCAAGGGCUGGUGGUUCAUGCCUAUCGUACCCAUAAAGCCGCCCAGAGAGAGAUGUCUCGGUUCCUUGCCCGGAGAAAGCAGCGAAAGCUUUCGUGGGUUGGUGUCCAUGAUGAGCAGCCGUACUCUUAUCUAAGAGAAGCCAUGGUUUCAAAACUCAUGAAAGGGAUCUGCAACCCAGAAGAGGUCAUUCAUGAACUGCAGGAGCGGGACCUGGAUCUGGAUCCUGCCCGUGUGCCUUUGAUCAAAGAGAAGGUAGGCUGUUGGGAUUUCUCAGCUCGUGACUUCACCGAGGAUGAAUUAGUCUUCGGCGCCAGUGAAAUGAUACAGCAUGCCCUCUCUAUGCCAGGAUUGGAACCUUGGCGGUUAACGCCUGAUGAACUGCAAGUCUUCCUUCUCGCCUGCCGCGCCGCCUACAAUUCAUUCGUGUUAUAUCACAACUUCCGCCACGCGAUCGAUGUACUACAAUCUGUCUUUUGCUUCUUGCUGCACAUUGGCGCCUUGCCUCCAUAUGGACCUAUUGGUCAAGUCUCUGUUCCCGAGACUCCUAUCACCUCCCUUCUCACCCCAUUCGACUCCCUUACCCUCCUUAUCUCGGCCAUUGGUCACGACGUUGGUCAUCCAGGUGUCAACAAUUUCUUCCUUGUGAAACUCAACGCACCUCUUGCGCAACUAUACAACGACAAUUCCGUCCUAGAGGCAUUCCAUUGCGCUGCCUUCUCCCAGAUCUUGCGUCGACACUGGCCGGCAGCAUUCAAGGACCACCAGCUGCGAAAGCUUCUUAUCAGUUCCAUUUUGGCUACAGAUAUGGGCGUGCACCAGAAGUUUAUGCAGCGGAUGGGCUCGUUCCAAGAAAAGUUCGCCGAAAAUAACCGCUCUGUUGAAGGCUGGAAGCCGCAAGAUGUCGACAUGUACAAGACCCUGGUGUGUGGCUUGUUGAUAAAAUGUGCCGACAUCAGCAACGUGGCGCGGCCUUGGAAGGUUGCAAGAGAGUGGACGCAAGUUCUGCAGGAGGAGUUUGCCAAUCAGGGUGAGAUGGAAAGGGAGGUUGGGAUGGAGACUGCGCUCUUCGGUGGGCCACCAGAAUUAGGGAACGUCUACAAAUUGGCUACUGGUCAAAUCGGGUUCAUGUCAAUAUUCGCCCUACCACUCUUUGAAGGCAUAUCCGAUCUCUUGCCGCAGUUGCAGUUCACUACGGAUCAUAUUCGCCACAACCAGGCACUCUGGCAGGAACUUGCCAAUGAAGAACUCGAAAAGCAAGGUCUGCCGGCUGAGAAACGGGCUGAGAUCACUGUCUCGCCUCGCUCUCAUAGCCCUGCAGUUGAAACUCCCGGUGAAAGGCGGCUCUCCUCAUCAGGGGACGUCGCACCAGACGUCACUUCGCCCAUCAGUUCCGAAUCUGGUGCGUACAAUGAAAACACGAUUGAACCAGUCGUAUCGCCGGACACCAAAGGCCCCCAGAUUGAGAUCACAGGAACUCCUCUGCUGUCCGUGGAUGAAUUCCCGUCUCGAAAGUCCUCUAGCGCCGUGCCAGAUCUUUCUUAUUUCUCCAUUCCUGGUGUACCAGAGACAGCUCGUGAUUCUAUCUCUACCCAGCUCCAUACCCCUGUCGCAGAAGCAAGCCCUGCCACCGAGGACCCGGCUGUUCUUGCCGCCGUUUUAUAUGCCAACUCGGCCUUUGGUGGCACGGCUCGAUCUUCAGGGACCACCGGGCGUGAUCAGGCGUCUGAAUCUGCCGCAAGACCAGGCAGUUCCCGGCAAGGCCUCUCACAUGGGUCUCAACGUCACCAUGCGCACAACAGCUCGUCUGCUCGCACUGGCUCCGUCCGGGACAGUUGCACACGCACGCAGAGCACUUACAGCAACACCAUGGCUCCGACAUCUCCCACGACGAAUGCUUCGAGCUUCUUGGCUGUCGAUAGCAGCGACGAAAAGCGGGCCUCGGGUGAGAGUGCUGUGCAAAGCGAGCUCGGGGGACCAGAUGACGUUAGCACGCGUCCUAGCACCGCCGAACCGUACCCUUCCAAUGUAUCCGAGCCUGCGGGUGGCUGCAGUCCUGGCCGUAGCUCUGUCCUCGGUCGUGGUCAAACUCGAUCUGAAGACGGUGCCACGAAACACUACCCCAGAUCCCGCAGCCCGGCCCAGUCGACGAACACCGGGGACAGCACCAAGAACGAACUUCCACACGCAGACGAGCCCAACGGUCAUCGCAAACUUCCUAAACGGAGGAGUCGACUUCGCCUUGCUUUCUGGAAGCGUCGCAACCAUUCACACGAGGUUCAGGGAGAGACAUGA